AUGAUGAUUAAUGUUGAUGUAUCUGCAAGUAAAUCAUAUAGUCUUACUUCCACUUCAAAUUAUAUUUAUAAAGGAUUUGUCAAAAGAGAUAAAACUAAUAAAAAGCCUGAAUUGGCAAUUUUUGAUAAUCAGUUUGCCAAUGGGAAGUUUAUUUCAAUUGAACCCUCUAAAAAUCAUUACUGCCCAGUCAAGCUUUUAAUUGAUUAUAUGUUAAUUAGACCAAAAAUAUCUGAUGCUAAGUCACUUUUUUUGUCACAACAGGGUAAACAGCUGACAGUAGGUGCCAUAAGGGCUGUCAUUAAGAGGAUGGUUAAGCUUGCAGGCCUUAAGGCAGAUUCAUGGCACACAGCAUCAGAAUAG